GAAGUUCGGCAAGCAUGCGACGCGCAAUUUGGGAGAAUUUUGUAAAUAUUUGUAAAUUUACUUAGAAAAUUAUUAUUGAGCACUAAGAUCUGCUUUCGACCGGUAUAGCCAUUCUCGUUAUAUAUUUAAAUCUCGUGUUAAAUUUUCUGUCUAUCGACCAGCUGAUCUCUUAAGCUCAUCUUUGCUUUACUCAGAGCUUCCUGCUCCAUCUCUAAUCAACUCUAAUGUACUAAGCAAUUAUUUGUUACCGGUUUCUGUUUGUUGCAAUUGUUCGUUCUCGAAUGCAAAUUGUAUGUAACUCCUCGCACCCAAGAUGUCAUCUGUUCCAAUCUGACGUAAAUGGCGAUACUAUUUUAAGACGUAUUUUUGUCAUCUUUGUGGGGGGUAAGGAAGGUUAAAAACUUGUUUUUUUUUCCUUCUAAGGUAUUAUAAAAACUCCGGUUGUUACUGCGACGGAGUGUUCUUGCAGCCAGUGAGCGAAACGUUCCUCACAUUUUAUCCAAAAAGUCAAUUACACUUACUAACUUUUUUGAAUUGUGUAAUGUGAAAAAGCCUAAUCGUGUUUUGUGGUGCGCGGCGAAUCAAAAUAUUUGUCGAUAUCUGAUUUAAUUGAUUUAAUAGAAAAACACUAUUUAUCUAAAUCUAAUAAAUAGAAGUAAUAAAUAAAACUUGAAUAAAAAAAACUAAAUAAAAAUGUGUAAUUUGACGCGACGUAAAAGUUUGUAAUACCCGCGAGACAUACAAAUAAUAUGUUUGUUGGAUUUUAAUAAUAUAAAACAAUUCACGAAAUUUGAACAAAAGGUUUUUUGAAGUGCGACAAUCACUAUGCCUUACAUCGAGUCAAUCGAUGGCGAUUGCAAAGAAAACUCCAAUCUCCAGUUGGCUAAUAUUACCGAAGAUUACGCGAUUAAAUCGAAAAUUGCGUGUUCGAUCUGGGUGGAGAAGAAAAAUGAUCGGUCCACUCGGAUGUUGGCGCGCUUUCUUAGCACUCGAGAUCAAGAUCAAGCAACAAACGCCGAAGAUGUUUUAUUUGACAUGUUCAAGAAGGAGGAGACUGGUCUCGUAUCAGUGGGAGAGUUUUUAGCUGCUUUAAGGAUAACCGGAUUACGAAAGACUGAUCCUCGACUUCAAGAAUUUAUAGACAAUCUUAAGAAAGAGCACGUUAAUAAUUGCGAUCGUACUAAGGCUAUAUCACACGAAACACAAAAGUUAGAUAGAGAACAAUUCAGAAGGAUUAUAAAUCCCAAUAUUGUUCUGAUCUCGCGAGCGUUCAGGCAUCAGUUCAUAAUUCCCGACUGGUCAGGUUUUACAAAGCACAUCGAGGACUUUUAUUGGAAAUGCAAAACGAACACCGAGGGCAAGGUCGCUUCUUAUAUACCGCAGUUAGCCAAGAUGAAUCCGGAAUAUUGGGGCGUAUCCGUAUGCACUAUCGACGGCCAGCGAUUCAGCAUCGGAGAUACCUCAAUACCGUUCACCCUUCAAAGCUGCAGCAAACCUUUGACCUAUGCGAUAGCCUUGGACAGGCUGGGUCAGGAAAUGGUGCAUCAAUACGUUGGUCAAGAGCCGUCCGGUAGAAAUUUCAACGAGCUCGUGCUCGAUUAUAGUAAGAAGCCACACAAUCCGAUGAUCAAUGCCGGCGCGAUAUUAAUUUGCUCGCUUCUGAAAACGUUAGUCAAGCCGGAAAUGGGCCUGGCAGAGAAAUUUGACUUCGCAAUGAAUUGUUUCAAAAAAUUGGCCGGUGGUGAAAAUCUUGGAUUUAACAACGCCGUCUUCCUGUCGGAGCGAGAGGCGGCCGAUCGAAAUUACGCUUUAGGAUUUUAUAUGAGAGAGCACAAAUGUUAUCCGGACAAGACAAAUCUGCAGGAAGUUAUGGAUUUUUAUUUUCAGUGCUGCGCCAUGGAAGCGAAUUGCGAGACGAUGUCUGUAAUGGCAGCUACCCUAGCAAACGGUGGUAUAUGUCCGAUUACCGAGGAGAAGGUUCUAAAACCAGAUAGCGUUCGUGAUGUUUUGAGUCUAAUGCACAGCUGCGGCAUGUACGACUAUAGUGGACAAUUCGCGUUCAAAGUUGGCAUACCGGCAAAAUCCGGUGUGUCGGGAAGCCUUCUCGUGGUAAUUCCAAAUGUCAUGGGAAUUUGCACGUGGUCCCCACCUUUAGAUCCGCUUGGUAAUUCCUGUCGCGGUGUGCAAUUCUGCGAAGAACUCGUGCGCGAAUUUAACUUUCACAGGUAUGAUAAUCUAAAGCAUGCGACAAACAAGAGAGAUCCUAGACGGCACAAAUACGAAACGAAAGGCCUCUCGAUUGUUAAUCUUUUGUUCAGCGCUGCCAGUGGUGACGUCACAGCGAUGAGAAGACACCGAUUGAGUGGGAUGGACAUGACAUUGUCGGAUUACGACGGCAGAACAGCGUUGCACUUGGCCGCCAGCGAAGGCCAUCUAGAUUGCGUCGAGUUUUUGAUCGAGCAUUGCGGAGUUCCACAUGAUCCCAAGGACAGAUGGGGUAAACGACCAGUCGACGAAGCUGAGACUUUCGGGCAUAUGCAGGUGGUGGAGUACUUGAACAAUUACGAUCUUGUCCGUAAGACCGAGUUAGAGAAUAAGCAGAACGAAUGUAUCGAUGACGAUAACGACACGUGUCGCAAACCGCCGGAAACGGCGGUGCACUCGUGAACAAUAGGCAAUGACGAAUUUACGUAAAACUGGAGUGAGUCGUGGGCAGGAUGGGAACGAGGACUUAUAUGAAAGCUGAUGAGAGGAAGAAGGGAGAUAACGUAUCGAUCGUAAUAGUAGAACAAGGUCGCAAAAAUGUUUUAAAAAAUUUGUAUUCUAUUUAAUGAGAGUAUUUUUCAAUAUUAUAUUAUAUUUGAAUAGAGUACACACACACACACACACACACACACACACACACACACGACACAUAUGACACGAUAUAAAAUUAUUCCAUAAUUAUUUGUAUUAUGUAAUAAUUAUAUACAAUUAGUGAUAAUUCUUUAAUAUGAAAGAAUUUACAUGAGUCACAAACGGACAAUAACGGAGAACAAUAAUUUUAUCUUUUUUUUUUUUUUUUGAACGCGUGAUCUCGUUCCGCUUACGCGCGAUGUAGUUAUCUCAUUGUCGACAUUGAGCAACAACACUUUAUAUUAAAAGAAUAACUGUGAUUAAUGUUAUGUACGUCUUUUUUCCAUGAUUUUAGUUUAGUAUUGAAAAACCGUAAUGAAGCUCGUUUCAUUACUUCAUUAAUUUAUAUUUUACUUAUACCUUGCAUCUUCUACUAUCGAUUAUUGCCUAUACUUUUUUUUAAGAUACACUUAUAUUUUUUCAUAUUUUGAAUGUAAAUGCGAUAGAAAAUUCCAAUUUACAUAUCGAAAAAAGUACAAACCAAGUGUCCGAUUCUUAAAUGUUUAAAGUAUUUUUUGUUCAGUCUUCAAGUUUGACAAAAUAUUUUUUUAUGCCAUUAUUUAACAUAUGGGAUAACAAAGGAUAACAUAUUAUACUACCAGUUAAAAGUUUGGAAACAUUCAAAAUUUUCGCACCUAUCAAAAGUUAAGUAUAAAAGAAGUUUAAAAAAAUGUAUUCAACGUGAAUCAAAUACAUUAUUACAUUCUUUUUUCUUUCUUUUCUAGUUUCAAAGUUAUAAAACAUUUGACAAGAAAUGAGUUUUUAUACAAAAAGUUCGAUUUUAUUGUGAGAAAUUAUUGCACCAAUUUUUUUUUAAUUUAAAAUUUUUCAGGUUUUAAACUCUUUUACUUUAAAAAUAUUUUAUUCUUAAUUUUUAUCCUAUGAAUUGUUAUCAAACUACAGUGUUUCAAAGUAAAAAAAUAUUGAAAAAAUAUUUUUUAUUAAUUUCAUGUAAUUUUGAUACAAAAUCUCGUAGGAAGAGCUAUAAUCAAAGCUGUAUUAUUUUUAAAUUACAUUUUCAAAAAUUUUUUUAUAAUUUUUUUUCCAGGGAUACUUUUUGUAAAAUUCGAGAAAAUCGAGGGCGUUUCUAAAAUGGUUGGUAGUGUAUAUAAUAAUUUUGAGUAUAUGAGUUUUUUUUUCAAAGUUUCUGAUUAUGUUACUUAUUAUUUUAUAUGAGAUGUGACGGGACAUAAGAAUAAAUUAUCUUAUUUCUUAAAAGUUAGCCUUAAAACGAGAAAAUAAGAUAAAUAUUUCGGGAAUACAUUUUUGCAUUAAUUUGUUUGAUAAUAACGCAUUUUGCGCGACAAGACAGCAGAAAAUGUUAAUAUAAAAAAAAUUCUUUUGUUUGAAAGAAAGAAUUCAUAUAAAUUGAAAAAUCUGAAUAAACGUAACUGGUAUAAAAUGAAUAAAUAAGUUUAUAACAGACAUUCUGUUUAAUAUUUCCGUUUUUGUUCUAAUUUUUCUUUCUUUUUCUGUAAUUAAGACUAUUUAGUUUAAAUAAUAUAAAAAUGGUAAUUUUUUUUAUUCAAGGUACUGACAAUAUUCGAUAUAUUGUCUCGACACGGUGGCGCUUGUUAUUCCUCUAUUUAAUUGUGAAAAUAGUAAUUCAUAUUUGUACAAUGGCGCAUAAAUACAUGGAUAACGAGCUAAUCGGGAAAUACAGAUGUUAUCUCGUUGAAAUUCUUCGUAACAAAUCGCGUGAAUCGCGUGUUAAACAUAUCUUUCUGAAUGUUUUUUCCGUAGAGUUUUAGAGAUUCUUCGAAGAUAUGAAAUGUAUGUAUAUCCGUCUUGGAGAGGAAUAUCUACUAUUUCGCAAGCGUCCACUGCGAGAGAAACCUUAUAAAAAAAAUAUCACUAACGUAAUGUCUUAAUAUCUUAAUGUUGCAUUUCACAAACAACGACUCACUUUUCUUCUACGUUAUUAAUUUAUAAAAAGAACUAAGUCUAUAUUAAAAAUCAGUUAUGUUUAUCCUUCGUAUUGACUGAUUUUAUCUAUCGUUUGGAGAAGAGAUAAUCUGCGUAGAUAAUUUUUAUGUCAGUGACAUUGAAACGAAUUAGGUAUUGACGUGAGAAUUACUAUAAUCUAUUCUCCUCCGCAUCUAAUAUCAUCUACUAUAAUGCAUAGAAAUAUAUACAUGUUGUUUCCAUAGAUAAAUAGUUAAAUGGACAAUGCCAAUUCCGAGUGCAAUUAUGUAACUAUUUCUCGGUGUAUGAGCGGGUACUCCGAGUAUACCGCCAUACUGUUGUUAUUGAGCUAUAAAUGUGCCGACAAAUGCAGAAAGGCUGGAAAAGUCAAUUUUUCGCAAAUGCGUCAACUAAUGAUUACGAUUACGCUAACGUAGCGAUCACAUAUAUAUAUACAUAUAUUCUACGUAUGUUAGACAACUAUUUUCGAAUGAAUUAGCUAGGAUCGCUUUACAUAGAGGAAAACCCGAUCUUAUAUUUUCAGAUAGACAAAGAAAACGACAAUAAUAUUAUUAUGGUACGCGAGAAUAUAAUUUUUUUUAUGUGAGAGGUGAAUAUAUGAUUCCGUAAUUUUUUGCCAAUAUAAGAACAGAAUUCACGUAGCGUAAAAUUAUUUUGUAAUCCAUUUUAAGAGGUACAUUGUUUUUUUUUUUACAUGGUCUACUGGAAAGAAUUAAUUACAGUAUUAAUAGAUUUGAGAUAAGUUUCAUGACAAAAAACCUUUUUGAGUACUUUUCUAUGACCGCCAUGUUAACAUAUGUAUAUGAUGAUUGCGCUGUGGUUUUUAAUUAAACAAUUGUUAAAAGAUUUGACAAUCUUAAGUUUCCUACUUCUAAAAAGAUUUUAUUUAUAGUUGGUAAGUGGUUUGUGUAAAGUUUCAAUCCAGAUCAAGUAUUACGUUUACCUCUGUACUUGUUCUGUCUACAAAAUAAAGUAUUAAAUAAAAA